AGUCAGUGUACCUCUGACGCCACACUCACACACACGCACGCGCGCGCCCUCGUGUUCGGCCUUCGCUCGGCCUCAGUGCUCGGUGCGGAAGAAGGGUAGUGCGGUGGUAGGCCUAAGGAGAACUUGCAUUGGCGUUAACGCUGUGUAAUUUUGCAUCCUGCGCGACUGAGUUCCCAUGACCGCAGAGGUGAUGAUGGACGUUGGCGGAGAGGAGGAUGUCGAGGAUCUCCGGGGCGCCCCGCGUGGCUCCCUCUCUCUGGCCCGCUCGGGGGCUGUGCCGGCCGUCUGUUGAUGGCCCUGCCCCGCGCUGCUUUUCCCUCGCGUGACCUCCUUGACUAGACUUCCCCGCUCGAUCGCUUCGCGUGUUGAUGGCACGCGACCUGGCCUCGCCGCCGCCGUGCCCGAGAGGUGACAAAGACUCGCAGCGUGAGACCUUUGUGCCGGCCAGCGACCGAACCGCCGCCGGGAGGAUGUCCCUGUUGGAGGCCAUGAAGGCGUGGACACUCGGUCCAUGGGCGCGGCGGCGGGACAAGAAGCGCGUGAGCGUGGCUCUAUGGGGAGGCCGCCCCGUGGAGUCCGACAUGUGCUCACACCUUUUGGGGACGCCGGGAAUCUACCGCCGCCGCCUCUCCUCCCCGUGCGAUGGCGACGUGCUGGACCUGUACACUGCCGCCGCCGCGGCAGCCGCCACGCCCUCGUUCACAAACGGACCCCCGCUGUACCAUCCGCCGGCCUUCCCAGCCGGCUACACGCCCCUCGAGGAUCUGCGCCCACGACGCUUUUCCGCCAAGAAAGUCGAGGUAGAGUCUGCUAAUAUCCUGGACGUCCCUCGUGUGGAGGUGACACCCCCUGAUGACACUCCUCCAGCCUUUGCAACGGAGGACGGUCAGCAGGACUCCUUUUCCCCUUCCUGCAGUGUUGGGGACCCCGUGCCCACGCCCCAAGACGAUGACGCGAAUGCUGGAGGAGCGGAGGUGGUGGGACAGGAGGGGAAGGAGGAGGCGAAGGCGCUGCAAGGGCUAGAAAGCGCCGAGUGUGACGGACAUUGCGUGACUGAGUGCCAACAGGACACUCUGGGCCUGGAGGGAGUCACAGAUGCCCUUGCACUCAUGCCCUAUGAUCCCCCAAAUAUCUCAGGAGAUAUAAAUAAGCAAGUGCUCAGUGAGGAGGACGUCGAGAAGGAGGAGGAGGUGGAGGAGGAGGUGGUGUUUCACGGAGAAUACUUUAACUCGUGUGCACCAGUGAUACUAAGUGAUGGGGAUAGAGCGGACGAGGAAGAGGAGGAGAAGGAGGAGGAGGAGGAACAGCAGCAGGCGAAUGUGGAGGAGCAUUGGAGGAGGGUUUCUCUGGCAGAGAUACGAGGCGUACCCCAAGGAGAAACCCGGGAGGAGCCCCAAGGAGAGGAACUUGGAGACAUUCUGUGGGCGGAGGUGACGGCACAACUCAGGGACGUCUGGGACGAGAUCGGCCUCAUCGACGACUCACCGAGGUCGCAAAGCUCGUUCCCAUGCAUCCUGCCCCAAGAGCCUGUGAAGGAGAGGUGCGAGGGCGUGAACGGUAAUGUUGGAAGUGGUGAUGGUUCGCCUCAACAGCACCCUGCCUUCAGCCCCCUAGCCUCUGGUGCUCCCACAACCACCACAACAGUUCCCCCCCUCAGCAGCCAACCGCUGUCCACGACCCACGAGUCCCAGCCCCCAGACUAUCAUAGUCACCACCACAUCAUUUCCUCAGACAGACCGGAGCGCCCAACGUCACUCAUGGCACCGGGCGUUUCCGAUGGGGGCAUGGGAGGAGUACAAGUGUUGCCAACAGAAAUACCGAGUGGCUUACAUCCAGUGCACCAACGCGACACCCACACCUACUAUGGAGGGCAGGGCUCUGCGUCAGAGUACAACUCUAAUGAGCAAGCCUACAUGGACCACCACCAUGUUGCGCAUCUACCAGAGCCUCCAAUCCCUGUGUCGGAGAUCGGGCCCAUCCCUCCACCCCCAAUGUUUUCCUCGCCAUCACCUGUGGUUCACCCAAGGAGUCACCCUCCCCCUCCGUAUCACCCACCUACGUCAGUGGCUGGUGCAGGGGUACAGAAUGCCAUGGGUCACAAUCUAUCUAAUUCUGAAUAUGGUGAUGAUGAUAUAGAAGAUGUAGAUGAGGGCACAGAGGUUGAUGGUGUUGUGUUUUACAACACCAACCAUGGCCCUUAUGUUGACACCUCCAGAGUAGAAGAAGUACCUGCACGGGAGCCCAGACUAGAUGCCAAGCCUCUGAAAUCUGCACUCAAGAAGAAGAAUCCCUCAGGAACUGCCAAUGGGUCUGCAGGCACGCCCCCAGCUGGAACUCCCACUGAUGGGGGCAAGCCUCUGACUGUGCGGCAAGAUGGCAACAGGCGCCUACCGCUUCGACCCAGUGUUAGGAUUAGGUUCAGCACGAAGCCCAUCAAAUUUUCCUACAGCCGAGGGGAUGGUGGAGACAAAUCGUCGGGGGAAAACAAGGAAAACAGUGUCCCGUUUACAUACCUCCCUCCCAACACUGUCCUCCCAAAUUCCUUACAAGAGUCGCGGGUGGAUGAUGAUGAUGAGGAUGGCCCUAUCCUCUAUCGUGAAGAUGAUGAGGACGAAGGUGAGCUUGAUCAGGACUUUGUAGUUUUGUCCACCUUGGGGAGUAGGGCCGGGAAUAUAAAGUGCCGUCAGCAUUUCUUGUUCAGAACUGUAUCCUUAGGGUUUUUCUUUUUCUUUCUUCGUUUUGAAAUACUUCAGUGUCGAUUAUUUGUUUCUUUUUAA